GCUGCAACAAGACCUUUAGGAAAUUUUAGGUAACAGCUGAUUAAAUUUAUUAUGGUCAAUGAUGGUAUUUAAUAUGAUUUAUUUUUAAUUUUUUCCAACUUUAUAACAGUUUUAUAAACUCUGAAUAAUUAGAAUUUAUCUUACAAUCUACUCUGAUAUUCGCGAGAAUUCAAAAUGUCCCUGAGAUAUGUUUUCGAAAGAUUUAAUUAUUAUGCUCAACCGGAGGGUCAUGAUCCAUUGAAUAAACUUAUGGGUAUCUCUAAGUACUCGGUUGCGACUGGCACAUUAAUGGGAAUGUCUGAUAUUAUAAUGAAAUCUAAAACAAAAACUUUUUACGAUUCAGCUCGUUGCCUUGGCUUUUGGAUAAUCCCUUUAACGGGGAUGGGUUGUGCAUUUGCAUCAACAACCUAUAUGGCAACAAAUUUAAGAGGAAAAGACGAUCCCUUGAAUUAUGUAAUAGGAGCUUGUGCAGCCGGAGGUGUAUUAGGUCUUUGGAGUAAAUGCUUUUUAACCACACUUUAUGGAACUAUCGUCUUAAGUAUUUUUGCUGCUUGCAAAAAAGAUUCAAUAGAAAGUGAUUGGCAGUUCUUCCCAACAUCAGAAGAUGGGACGAUUGAAGGUGCGAAUCGUGGUCCAUUAUUCCGAACAGAACGGUCGAAAGUGAAGACAUACGAGAGAGGUUGGACAACAUAAAGAAAAUCUUGAAUUAUGUUCAGUGAAACAAAAUUAGUUGAUCUAUUAUGUGAACUGAAUAAUGUUCUAAAUGUAAUAUAUCAAUAAUUAAUAAUAAUAUUAAUAAUAAAUGUACUUGAAUUAA